GGAGGUAGAGAGAGACCCUGGCAGACAGCGGCAGGGAGGUUGGACCGGGAACAAUAGAGAGGAACGAAGCCUUCAAGCUCCAAACAAACCGAGCUUAAAGAAAGAAACCCGGGCUGAGGAUGGAGGGAGGCUCGAAGCGAACCAGGAACAUGUGAGGAAUAACGGAGUGUUUCCCGAAGCGGAGGCGGAAUUCGUGCGGUCUUUCUUUGUCGGAUUGUAUUGAACCGGAUCCCCGGCAUGAACCCUGCAGAAGCGGCCGAGGAGGCGCCCAGCGACCCGGACACUGAUGCCUUCUACAAAACAGGGUCUCUUAGGACUGAAGGCCUCAAUGCUUCUGAUGUUCUUCCGGUGCUGAAAGAGAAAGUGGCUUUCGUGUCAGGAGGGCGAGACAAGAGAGGUGGACCCAUUUUGACUUUCCCUGCCAGAAGCAACCACGACCGAAUAAAGCAGGAGGACCUGAGGAGGCUGGUGACCUACCUGUCUACUGUUCCCAGCGAGGAUGUGUGCAAACGGGGCUUCACCGUCAUCAUCGACAUGCGCGGCUCCAAGUGGGAGCUGAUCAAACCUCUGCUGAAGACACUGCAGGAGUUCUUCCCGGCCGAGAUCUGCGUCGCGCUCAUCAUCAAACCAGACAACUUCUGGCAGAAGCAGAAGACCAACUUUGGAAGCGCCAAGUUUUCCUUUGAGACUAGCAUGGUGUCAGUGGAGGGUUUAGCUAAAUUGGUGGAUCCAUCCCAGCUGACGGACGAUUUCGAAGGCUCGCUCGACUACAACCAUGAGGAGUGGAUGGACCUGCGAGUCUCACUGGAAGAGUUCAUGUCCAGCGCAGUUCACCUACUGUCUAGACUGGAGGACUUGCAGGAGCUCUUGUCCAAGAAAGACUUCCCUGCUGAUGUGGAGGGAUCUCGAAGGCUGAUCGAGGAACACACGCAGCUCAAAAAGAAGGUACUGAAGGCUCCGGUGGAAGACUUGGACCGGGAAGGUCAACGGUUGCUGCAGUUAAUCCGGGCGAGUGACGGUUUUUCUGGGAGGAACUGCAUCUCCGGAUCUGCUGAUUUCCAAAGCCUGGUGCCCAAGGUGGCCAGUUUGCUGGAUAAACUUCACUCCACCCGACAACAUCUGCACCAGUCGUGGCACGUCAGGAAGCUGAAGCUGGACCAGUGUUUCCAGCUGCGCCUCUUUGAGCAGGACGCUGAGAAGAUGUUUGACUGGAUUAGCCACAACAAGGAAUUAUUCCUGCAGAGUCACACUGAGAUCGGACGGACGUACCAACACGCCGCAGAGCUACAGACGCAACACAACCACUUUGCUAUGAACUCCAUGAACGCUUAUGUGAACAUCAACAGGAUCAUGUCGGUGGCGAGUCGACUGGCUGAGGCGGGUCACUACGCCUCCACCCAGAUCAAGCAGAUCUCGAGUCAGUUGGACCAGGACUGGAAGAGCUUUGCCGCAGCUCUGGACGAGCGCUCCACCAUCCUUGCCAUGUCAUCUGUGUUCCACCAGAAGGCUGAACAGUUCCUGUCAGAGGUGGACGCCUGGUGUAAGGUCUGCAGUGAGGGGGGGCUGCCCACUGAGAUGCAGGAGCUGGAGCUGGCCAUCCAUCGCCACCAGAGUCUGUAUGAGCAGGUCACUCAGGCCUACACUGAGGUGAGUCAGGAUGGUAAAGCUCUGCUGGACGUCCUCCAGAGACCGCUGAGUCCUGGAAACUCUGAAUCACUGACGGCGACUGCCAACUACUCUAAAGCGGUCCACUGUAUCCUCGACGUGGUCCACGAAGUCCUGCACCACCAGAGACGCCUGGAGAACAUUUGGCAGCACAGGAAGGUCCGACUGCACCAGAGACUCCAGCUGUGUGUGUUCCAGCAGGACGUCCAACAGGUGAUGGACUGGAUUGAGAACCAUGGUGAGGCCUUCCUCAGCAAGCACACUGGCGUUGGGAAGUCCCUGCACCGAGCCCGAGCCCUGCAGAAGAGACACGAUGACUUCGAGGAUGUUGCUCAGAAUACCUACACAAAUGCAGACAAGCUGCUGGAGGCGGCAGAGCAGCUGGCUCAGACAGGAGAGUGCGAUCCAGAAGAGAUCUAUAAAGCGGCCCGGCACCUGGAGGUCCGGAUACAGGACUUCGUCAGACGUGUGGAGCACAGGAAACUGCUGCUGGACAUGUCCGUGUCUUUCCACACGCACACCAAGGAGUUGUGGUCCUGGAUGGAGGAGCUCCAGAAGCAGCUGUUGGACGACGUGACCUGUGACUCUGUGGACUCGGUUCAGACGCUGAUUCAGCAGUUUCAGCAGCAGCAGACAGCGACCCUGGAGGCCACGCUCAACGUGAUCAAGGAGGGAGAGGAACUGAUGCAACAGCUCAGAGACGCAGCCAUGUCGACCAACAAGACUCCUCACUGCAGUUCCAUCGCACACAUCCAGGGGGUGCUGCAGCAGCUGGACGAAGCACAGGGCCAGAUGGAGGAACUUUUUCAUGAAAGGAAGAUCAAGCUAGACAUUUUCCUCCAACUGCGUAUCUUCGAACAGUACACCAUCGAGGUGACGGCAGAGUUGGAUGCCUGGAACGAGGAUCUGUCUCGUCAGCUGACUGACACGGGACGCUCUUCAGGGAGCACCAGCAGCAGUGGCAGCAGCACCUCCUCUGGUGGAGCCGAGGAUAUCGGCCUGGCAGAGCAGAGGCUGAAACGUCACGCUGAGAGAAAAGCGGCAAUGAAUAAUAUGACCUUCGAAGUGAUGCAGCAAGGUCAAGACCUCCACCAGUACAUCAUGGAGGUGCAGGCAUCAGGGAUCGAACUCACCGGGGAGAAGGACAUGGACUUGGCUUCGCAGGUCCAGGAGCUGCUGGAGUUCCUCCAUGAAAAGCAGCAGGAGGUGGAUCUGAACGCCCAGCACACACACACCAAACUGGAGCAGAGCUUGCAACUGCGCCACCUGCAGGCGGAAGUGAAACAGGUGCUGGGUUGGAUUCGUAAUGGAGAGUCGAUGUUGAACGCCAGCAUGGUGAACGCUAGCUCUCUAUCGGAGGCCGAGCAGCUGCAGAGGGAACAUGAACAGUUCCAGAUGGCAAUAGAGUCUUUGUUCCACGCCAACUCUCUCCAGAAGACUCACCAGAGCGCCCUGCAGGUCCAGCAGAAAGCCGAGAUGAUGCUUCAGGCGGGCCAUUACGACCCUGAGGCCAUCAGGAACUGCGCAGAAAAGGUGGCGGUCCACUGGCAGCAGCUGAUGUUGAAGAUGGAGGACCGGCUGAAGCUAGUCAACGCCUCAGUGGCCUUCUACAAGACGUCUGAGCAGGUGUGCAGCGUGCUGGAGAGUCUGGAGCAGGAGUACCGUCGGGACGAGGAUUGGUGCGGGAGCCACGACAAGCUGGGGACCCCGGCAGACAGUGACCACCUCCUGCCUCUGAUCAGUAAACACCUGGAGCAGAAGGAGGCUUUUCUCAAGGCCUGCACUUUGGCCCGGAGAAAUGCUGAAGUCUUCCUCAAGUACAUCCACAGGAACAACGUGAGCAUGUCGGGAGCUGACAGUCACGCCAGAGGACCUGAGCAGCAAGUCAAAGCCAUCCUGAAUGAGCUGCUGCAGAGAGAAAACCGAGUCCUUCACUUCUGGACACUGAAGAAGCGACGUCUGGACCAGUGUCAGCACUUCCUGAUGUUCGAGCGCAGCGCCAAGCAGGUUCUGGACUGGAUCCAGGAGACAGGUGAGGUGUACCUGGCCACGCACACGUCACCUGGUGACAGCAGCAAGGAGACGCAGCAGCUGCUGAAUGACCACCAUCAAUUCAGGCUCAGCGCUAAGCAAACAAAGGAGAAGGUGAAGCUGCUCAUCCAGCUUGCUGACAACCUAGUGGAGAAAGGCCAUGCCCACGUGGCUGAGCUCAAACGAUGGGUCAGCACCGUGGACCGGCGGUACCGGGACUUCUCCCUGCGCAUGGCCAAGUACCAGGAGAGUCUGGAAAGGAGUCUCGGGGUCUGCUCGGAGGACAACAAAGAUCUGGAGUUGGACAUCAUUCCUGCCAGCCUCACAGCAGCUGAAGACCCUGAGGUGAAACUCCGAGACCCAAACCACGAGGUGAAUGAGGAGAAGAGGAAGUCAGCCAGGAAGAAAGAGUUCAUCAUGGCAGAGCUGCUCCAGACAGAGAAGACCUAUGUCAAGGAUCUGCAGGAGUGUCUGGAGACCUACCUGUGGGAGAUGACCAGCGGAGUGGAGGAGCUUCCUCCUGGCAUCGCCAACAAGGAGAACACCAUCUUCGGAAACAUGCAGCAGAUCUACGACUUUCACAACAAUAUCUUCCUGAAGGAGCUGGUGAACUACGAGCAGCUGCCCGAGGAUGUGGGUCACUGCUUCGUCACCUGGGCCGACAAGUUCCACAUCUACGUGGACUACUGCAAGAACAAGCCGGACUCCAGCCAGCUGGUCCUGGAACACGCUGGAACCUUCUUCGACGAGAUCCAGCAGAGGCGAGGACUCGCCAACUCCAUCAACUCCUACCUCAUCAAGCCAGUGCAGAGGAUCACCAAGUACCAGCUGCUGCUCAAGGAGCUGCUGUCCUGCUGUGAGGAGGGCAAAGGGGAGAUCAAAGAUGGCCUGGAGGUGAUGCUGGGUGUUCCCAAAAGAGCAAAUGAUGCCAUGCACCUGGCCAUGCUGGAAGGAUUUGAGGAGAACCUGGAGGUUCAGGGGGAGCUGAUCCUGCAGGACAGCUUCCAGGUUUGGGACCCUCGCUCUCUGAUCAGGAAGGGCCGGGACAGACACCUCUUCCUUUUCGAGUUCUCUCUCGUCUUCAGUAAAGAGAUCAAAGACUCGGCAGGAAGAACCAAAUACCAGUUCAAGAACAGACUACUGACUUCAGAGUUGGGUGUGACGGAGCACAUCGAGGGGGACCCGUGUAAGUUUGCUCUGUGGGCCGGCCGCACUCCGUCCUCCGACAACAAGACUGUCCUGAAGGCGUCCACCAUGGAGGCCAAACAGGAGUGGAUCAAGAACAUCAGGGAGGUGAUCCAGGAGAGGAUGACGCACCUGAAGGGGGCGCUGAAGGAGCCGCUUCACCUACCAAAAGCACCAGCACUCAACAAACCCAGGAACAUCAGAAGGGACGGCGGUGAAGAUGGAGACAGCCAGGGAGAUGGCAGCAGUCAGCCAGACACCAUCUCCAUCGCAUCCAGAACGUCCCAGAACACAGUGGACAGCGACAAGCUCUCCGGAGGCUGUGAGCUGACCGUGGUUCUGCAGGACUUCAGCGCAGGAUGCAGCACAGAGAUGUCUGUCAGCACAGGCCAGACGGUGGAGCUCCUGGAGAGGCCAAGCGAGCGGCCCGGUUGGUGUCUGGUUAGAACCACAGAUCGAAGUCCUCCACAGGAGGGUCUGGUGCCGAGCUCGUCGCUCUGCAUCUCGCACUCACGCUCCAGUGUGGAGAUGGACUGCUUCUUCACAUCAGGGAAAGAAAACUAUCCAGUCGGCAGCUCCGAUGGGAAGACGGAGUCGGUGGCGAACCUGCAGCCGCAGCCCUCACUCAGCUCUCUGCACUCCAGCUCUCCUGGGCCCAAGCGCUCCGGCAACACGCUGAGAAAAUGGCUGACCAGUCCCGUCCGCCGCCUCAGCCACGGCAGCUCAGUGAAGAAACUGCCCAAUAAUAAGCAGAAGAAGACCGUCGGAGCAGGAAGAGAGGAGAGUGGGAAAGGUAUUGAUAUGGGCCAACAGGACCUCGGACCUCAGGAUGACAUCAUCACCGAGACCAUCAUCAGUAAAGAUGGGAACCUGCUGUCCAAGACGCAGUCUGGAAUGCAGAGCGGCGGCGAGGAGGAGCCGGACGAAGAGGCGCACACCCCACUGCCUCCUCGCAUGGAGAUCAUCAAGGACCCCUCGGCUCAGGACGACAAGGUGCCGCAGCGGCCGUCUGCUCUGCUAACGUCCCUCCAGUCCACCUCUGAGGUUCCCAGCGCUGCCGAGCUGGUUAGCGCCAUAGAGAAACUGGUCAAAACUAAAAUGACCCUGGAGCCGGGUGCGUACCCAGGGUUCUCCCCUCUGUCGCCACCGGAGCAACCGCAGGUCCAGCCAAGAAAUCCAGAACUGGAGCAGCGAGCUAAAGCCAUGAGAGGGCGGAUGUUUGUUCUGAACGAGUUGAUACAGACGGAGAGGGACUACGUCAAAGACCUGGGCAUCGUGGUCGAGGGAUUCAUGAAGAGGAUAGAAGAGAAGGGGGUUCCGGAGGACAUGAAAGGAAAAGAGAAAAUCGUCUUUGGGAACAUCCACCAGAUCUACGACUGGCACAGAGAUUUCUUCGUAGGAGCUCUGGAGAAAUGUCUGGACGACCACGAGCACCUGCCUGAGCUCUUCAUCAAACACGAGCGAAGGCUUCACAUGUAUGUUGUCUACUGUCAGAACAAGCCCAAAUCAGAGUUUAUUGUCGCCGAAUAUGACUCCUAUUUUGACGGGGUGCAGCAGGACAUCCAGUCCCGGUUGACUAUCAGUGACUUCCUCAUCAAACCUAUCCAGAGAAUCACCAAGUACCAGCUGCUGCUGAAGGACUUCCUGAAGUACAGUUUGAAGGCCGGGAUGGACUGUGAACAAAUUGAGAAAGCUGUGGAUUUGAUGUCUCAGGUUCCUAAGCUGUGCAAUGACAUGAUGAAUUUGGGUCGACUGCAGGGAUUUGAGGGGAAACUGACCAGUCAGGGCAAACUGCUGCAGCAGGAAACCUUCUUUGUGACGGAGCAGGACUCUGGCGUCUUGUCUCGAUCCAAAGAGCGCCGGGUUUUCCUCUUCGAGCAGAUCGUCAUCUUCAGUGAGCUGCUGCGGAAAGGAUCGUCCACGCCCGGGUACCAGUUCAAGAAGAGCAUCAAGAUCUCCUAUCUGGGUCUAGAAGAGAGCGCAGAUAGCGACCCGUGUAAGUUCGUCCUGACCUCUCGUGGAUCAGCGGAGCGUUUUACCCUCCAAGCUGCCAACGUGGAUAUAAAGCAGAUCUGGGUCCGACACAUCCAGCAAGUGCUUGACGUUCAAAGCAACUUUCUGACGGCUCUUCAAUCCCCCAUCGAGUACCAGAGGAGCGCGGGCGGAAGCAGCGCCUCCCUCACCAGAAACAGGUCCACCUCCAGCAACCGCUCUGCCACCUCGUCCCACACUCGCCCGUCCUCAGCUGUGGGACUCGGCGAGAAAGAGGGCGACAGAGGACGAAGCCACAUGAAGAUGUCUACCUCCAACGGGGGCUCAUCCUGCUUUGACCCCAGGGACAUUGACAGCUGUAACGGAGUGUCCUCCACCAUGCUGGUCACUCAGGACUACUCCGCGCUGAAGGAGAACGAGAUUUGCGUCAGCAAAGGCGAGGUAGUUCAAAUCCUGGCCACCAACCAGCAGAACAUGUACCUGGUCUUCCGGCCAGCCAACAGCCUGUCGCCGGCCGCUGAAGGCUGGGUGCCGGGUCACGUGUUGAGCCCGUCCACCAAACCCAUCAAAGACUCCUCCUCUACUUCCUCCUUCCCGGCGGCGGUGGCUGACGCCAACAACAUCAAGAAGUCUCUCUCUUGGAACACGCUGCGCGCUAGGAAGCGCGCCGAAGCCAAGGAGGCCGGUGCAAUGGGGGUCAGAGGUCAAGAGAACGGCUUUUUGCGUAAACCGAAAGAAACCACGCCCCCUUCCACGCUAGCCUCCCCUGUUGUCGGGGCGAAGGGCAAAGAGGUUCACACUUCAGACGAGUCCGACUGUGAUGAUGAGCUCGACCCCAAGACUGGUAUGGAGCUACUCAACCCAAAUUUCAUCCAGGAAGUGGCACCAGAGUUCCUCAUCCCACUCUCUGACGUGGUGUGUGCGUUCGGGGAGACGGUGGUCCUCUGCUGCAAAGUCUGUGGCCGACCCAAACCCAGCAUCAGCCUGAAGGGCCCAGACCAGAACCUGCUGAGCUCCAAUAGCCGCUUCACUAUCGAGAUCCGGGACACGGGUGACAUCCUGCUGAAGGUCUGUAACCUGAUGCCGCAGGACACGGGCAUCUACACCUGUGUGGCUGUGAACGAUCACGGCACCGCCUCGUCGUCCGCCUCCAUCAAAGUACAAGGCAUCCCAGCUGCCCCGGGGAGACCCGUGGCCCAGGAGGCCAGCAGCACUACGGUCAUGGUCCACUGGCCGCCGCCGGCUUCAUCCGCGCACAGCACGGUCAGCAGCUACAGUGUAGAGUACCGACAAGAAGACUCGUUGCUAUGGCAACAGGUGUCCAGCAGCAGAGAGGAGUGCGUGCAGAUCGACGCUCUGAUCCCCGGAGGUCAUUAUCAGUUCAGAGUGCGAGCGUCGAACCACUGGGGGGUCGGACCCCCGUCUGAGCCGUCCAACAUGGUCACGCUGCCCAGCUGCAACUCUGGCUGUGACGGAACAGGAAUUCAGUGGAAAGAAAACUUCGAGUCAAGCUUUACAGAGCUUUGUGAGAUCGGAAGGGGGAGAUUUUCAGUGGUGAGGAAAUGCCUGAACAAAUCCACAAAGAAGGAGGUGGCUGUGAAGUUUGUGAGUAAGAAGAUGCAGAAGAAGGAGCAGGUGGCUCACGAGGCAGACAUCCUCCAGCAUGUCCAGAAUCACCAGAUAGUGGCGCUGUUGGACACGUACGAGUCUCCCACGUCUGUGAUGCUGAUCCUGGAGCUACUGGAUGAUGGACGCCUCCUUGACUACCUGGUCGUCCACGAUGAGCUGAUGGAAGAGAAGGUUGCUUUCUUCAUCCGAGAAAUCUUCGAGGCUCUCCAGCACCUGCACACCUGCCGGGUGGCUCACCUGGACCUGAAGCCGGAGAACGUCAUGGUGGACCUCCGCUCACAAACCCCUGCCAUCAAGCUUGCCGACUUCGGUGACGCCGUUCAGCUGUCUGCCACGCGCCGCUACGUCCACCUCCUGUUGGGGAACCCGGAAUUUGCGGCGCCGGAGCUGAUCUGCGGCACACCGGUGUCCGUGGCGACCGACGUGUGGAGCGUCGGCGUGCUGGCCUACGUCAUGCUCAGCGGCGUGUCUCCCUUCCUGGACGAGUCGCCCGAGGAGACCUGCGUGAACAUCUGUCGCCUCGACUUCUGCUUCCCCGACGACUACUUCCUGGGUGUGAGCCAGGCGGCGAAGGACUUUGUGACGUCGGUGCUGCAGCAGGAUCCCAGGAAGAGGCCGAGCUCUACUUCCUGCCUGCAGCACCCAUGGGUGAGCCGCGGCGGAGCGCACGGCGGGGAUUAUUCCAAAACCCCUCUGGACACCACGCGUUUGGCCACGUUUAUCGACCGAAGAAGGCAGCUGCACGACGUGCGGCCCAUCACCAACAUCAAAGGUCUGGUGAGCAACAGUAUGGGCAACACACUGUGACCUUUCAUGCGCCGAGGCAAACACUUUAAAGCAUUUGAGCAGGAAUGUGAGGUUUACGAUUCCAGUGCCUGUACCCGCAUUUCCAGGAUUUAUCUUCGCUCGGUCGGGACUUGAACCAGGUCCUAGCGGCUGCCUCGAUCCAAAGACACAUCACUGUGAAUGAUCUGCUCUUGUUUUCGCUCUUUGACUUUCAUUUGACCUUCAACUGUGGGGUCUGAAGGGGAUUGUACAGGACUGGGACAGAACCCGUCUGACAACCUGGAAUGGAAGUCAAACGUCCAUCCUGUGAGUUUGUUACCUUAAUAUUUUUAGCCGUUGGUCACAUGACAGUUAGCUUCCUUGCGUCAUUUUAGGUCUUCAUGACUGGAGAUCAGACCUCUCUGCUUGAGCCUGCAUGUCUGUUGACCACCUCCUAGUUUAUCUCCUUCACUUUCUGACACAUGAACAUCUGCUCAUAAUAGCAUAAACUGAAUACAUACAUGAACACCAGAUACAAGAGUGGUAGAUUGUCCAAUGGCGUCUCACUUUACAAAGGAUUUACCCAAACAUUGGAUGCUCUAAUUUCACAUCGACUGGGUGCCAGACUGAGAUACAGUCUCGAAUGUUUUCCAAAAUUUAACACAGACAAAGUUAACAGACAAAACAAGUUGAUCCUGGUUUUGCGUUUCACCAGGUGAUCUUAAAACCACCAUCAUUUUUGACUGAAGAACUUUUGAUUUUUGCAUCUUAAAUCGAUCUGACUUGCAAAGACGUGAAUGUAAAUCGCCAGCCUCCGUCUCAAGGCUGCGAAUUACGACCACUCCCGGUUUAUAUCUUCUGAGUCGACACGAGUUUCAAAAUAAGUCACUCUGAAAAUGAAGCGAAAGAUAAGAUAACAAAACCAGAAUCAAAAAUUCAAAUUUCAUCCAAUGUCAAAAGGGAUGCUCGUACUUGGACCUGGUGAGAAAAUGUUCUUGCCUUUUUUAGUUUUUUUUUUUAGUUAUCACACACAAGGUGGUAAAGAAUAUUUUAGUUAUGGUUUCAAAAACAUUUAAUAAGGGUGUUUAACACAACACAAGCUGUAUUUUAUUUGUUCUGGAGCAAAACAAAAAGAAGGAAUCAAUUCUGCAGGCACUUGGUGCUGUCUUGUCCAAAACCAGGAAAAUAAUGUUAGUUUGUCAUUAUAAUGCUCAAGAUACACUGUUAAACUAGUGAUUAUUGAAUUAUUAUGAGUGAAAGUCAAAGCAGGACGUAGAGUAGUUCCAGCUGGAGCUGCAGAAGACUCACUGAAAGACUGAGCCACUAGUCCGCUUCAUUUGGCGGCACAGUACCUGGUUCCUACGGAGGUUGUGACACUUUUAAUUUAUUGAAUGUUAAUUUAUUGUAGAUGUAGAAUUAAUUUUGCAAUAAAAAAAGAGGUGGAUCUGACUCCACGCAGCUGAGGACGACGUGAGGAUGUUUUCUGAACUGAACUUUUUCAUGCUUUCUGAAGAUGGAUGGAGCAAAAGGCACUGUGUUCUUGACUGCUGGAAAUGGAUCCAAGCUCUGGGACUUGAACGAAGCAUGAGCGGAAGCAGCCACUUCAGGAGGACUCACGUUUUGUCUUAUCGAUGUUUACAUACACUUCGUCUGAAAUAAAGUUGCUUAGCUAGUUUACAAAAACAGUAGUAUCAGGGAGAAACCUGCAUGUGACUCACCAACAAGGGUGUAGAGGUCAGGUGUGGUGGGAGGUCGCCUGAGGGUGUCUCAGUUCCAUUAAAGGAGGAGCUCAAGCAAGAAUAUACUGUCUGGAACCACCACUAGAAUAAGCGAGCCGGCAUUGCUGUGCUAAUGGCUACAUUCAAAAAACACUUUGUAACUCAAUACCUUACAUUGAGGGGGCAACUCACGGAAUGCAUGGGUGCAUUUUGCCUUGCUGUGGAGAGGGAACAUCACCUUGAAGUUGACUCGCUUAAAUGCCACUUGUCACGCACACAAGUCGAACCUGAUGAACUCACCUCCGCGCUCCCAAGUCUGUGUUCUGAGGUUGAGGAUCCCUGGGCCGUCGGGCACGUCAACAGUUUCUAAUCAUGAAUGUAAUUUUCUCAAGAAUGUGUCGUAGACGGGAGCUGCAGCGAGACGUAGUGGUCAGACGUGAUGAUGCGCCCUGCUGUCCGGCUGCGCAGGUGACCGCUCCCCCUUUUCUCCAUGUCCAUGGACUUGAGCUGAAUAAAGUGAUGAAAACUUGUUGAUGAAGUGUGUUUCAUGUGUCACUUUUAUUAUCGAGACUUGGUCCCCAAACACUCGAGAGGAAAGUAGAAUCCUCUUCUUUUGCAAAGCUUUCACACCGGCCUUGUUUUCCACACAGUAGACUCGAUGCCUGACUCUGACUCACAGCUGACAUUUUCCCCUCCUGCUGCUGUAAUUACUGGAAAUGAAUGAAAAUUGGAGUCGAAAGUCAAU